AUGGAAGGUCAUGGUUAUGACCGGCUUGGAGAUGGGGAGAGGGACAAUUACCAAAUCGACUACCGGAGGAUUGUGGGGGACAUGGAACCAGCACGGCCGCGCAUCUCAAACAGAGAUGGGGAACAACCUCACCCCUACGGGGCCUAUAGCCACCCAAUGCCACAUGGACAUGGGCAUGAGACUGCAGCCCAGCGAUACAGCGCUACACGUAUCCAAGCUGGAUAUGAACCAGAGAGCACGGCAGACUACCUGAUCAGUGGAGGCACAGGUUAUGUUCCUGAAGAUGGAUUAACAGCACAACAACUCUUUGCAAUCGGUGAUGGACUUACAUACAAGUAAGAAAUGCUAAUAAAAAAAACAUAUUUUAUGGCACAAAAUUGAAUUUUACGGUACUCACUGACACACGUACAUUUCUGCAUUUGCACAUACAGAAACGCCCGUACACAUUAUGACUUCUUGAUCCUCCCUGGUUUCAUAGAUUUUACUUCUGAUGAGGUGGAUCUAACCUCUGCAUUGACAAGGAAGAUAACCCUGAAGACACCUCUUAUUUCAUCUCCCAUGGAUACAGUCACAGAAUCAUCCAUGGCCAUCGCCAUGGCAUUGAUGGGUGGGAUUGGAAUAAUUCAUCAUAACUGUACUGCUGAGUCCCAGGCCAAUGAGGUGCGCAAGGUCAAGAAAUUUGAGCAGGGCUUUAUUACAGACCCAGUGGUAAUGAGUCCCCGACACACAGUGGGGGACGUGUUUGAGGCGAAGACACUCCACGGUUUCUCUGGGAUCCCUGUUACAGAGACUGGCAAGAUGGGCAGCAAGCUGGUCGGCAUAAUCACCUCCAGAGAUAUAGACUUUCUGUCUGAGAAGGACCAUGACAGACCCUUGGAGGAGGCAAUGACAAAAAGGGAAGAUUUGGUUGUUGCACCUGCUGGAGUCACUCUAAAAGAGGCCAAUGAUAUACUGCAACGCAGCAAAAAAGGUAAGCUCCCCAUAGUGAAUGACAGUGAUGAGCUGGUUGCCAUCAUUGCUAGGACUGACUUGAAGAAGAACAGAGAUUAUCCUCUGGCUUCCAAGGACUCCCGCAAACAGCUGCUGUGCGGAGCCGCUAUCGGUACGAGGGAUGACGACAAAUACCGGCUGGACCUCCUGAUGCAGGCUGGGGUGGAUGUGGUAGUCCUGGAUUCCUCCCAAGGAAACUCAGUGUAUCAAAUCAACAUGAUAAACUACAUCAAGCAGAAAUAUCCUGAACUACAGGUAGUUGGAGGAAAUGUGGUGACAGCUGCUCAGGCUAAAAACCUCAUAGAUGCUGGUGUGGACGCCCUGAGGGUGGGCAUGGGGUGUGGCUCUAUCUGUAUCACCCAGGAAGUGAUGGCAUGUGGACGGCCCCAAGGUACAUCGGUGUACAAGGUUGCAGAGUAUGCCCGACGAUUUGGAGUGCCAGUAAUUGCUGAUGGAGGCAUUCAGACUGUUGGACACGUGGUGAAGGCUCUAGCCCUGGGAGCAUCCACAGUGAUGAUGGGGUCAUUGCUCGCCGCAACCACUGAAGCUCCGGGAGAAUAUUUCUUUUCAGAUGGUGUGCGUCUGAAAAAGUACAGAGGAAUGGGCUCCUUGGAUGCCAUGGAGAAAAAUAACAGUCAGAAACGCUACUUCAGCGAGGGAGAUAAGGUGAAGGUGGCUCAAGGUGUCUCAGGAUCAGUACAAGAUAAAGGCUCCAUCCAUAAGUUUGCUCCUUACCUCAUUGCUGGUAUCCAACAUGGCUGUCAGGACAUAGGAGCCAAGAGUUUGUCCAUUUUACGGUCGAUGAUGUACUCUGGAGAACUGAAGUUCGAGAAGAGAACCAUGUCUGCUCAAAUGGAGGGAGGAGUCCAUGGCCUACACUCUUACGAGAAGCGACUUUACUGAGGCGGGAGGAACAGGAAACACUCGAUCAAGACCUAACGUCCCGACCCCAGCAGCUAUGAGCAGAUGCACGGGACGCAUGUGAUCAAACCACAAACACAAAGCUCUCGUUGUUUUACAACAUCCACAC